AUGAAAUCAGUAUAACCCAUACUAAAAUCAAUAUAAAAAUAAAUUUUAUAUUAGAGAUAAAAUUUAAAUAUAAGAUAAAGAAAGGUGAAAAAAAGACAAAUAAAAAUGAAUGAAGAAUAAAAUUUAUUGAAUCAAAUUCCUUAUUUAAAUAUACCUAAGAUUAUAUUUCCAUUUGAAUCAAGUGAAAAUAUUAAAAUAAUGAAGGAAAGCAUUGAAAAAGAUGAAUAAAAUUUAGAAAAAUUAAAAUAAAUAAAGGUUAAUGAAGAAAUUAAGAUUGAAUAUUAAUGGAGACUUAAAGAAUUAUAAAACUAUAUAAAGGAUUCAAAAGAAAUACUAAAAGAACGUGAGGAAUUAUAGAGAAAAAAUUCAAAAGUGAAUAUUUUCUUGAGUAGAUUAAAGAUCAUAUUGAAAAUAUUUUGUUUGUUUGUUGUGGCAUCGAUAAUACAAUACAUGUGGAAGAAAAUGUGA